AUGACUGCUGCGCAACAACUGAAAGGUUUGACGUAUUUCAUCAUUCGAAAGGUCAACAAGUUUUUGUUUUUGCGGUUUAACGAUCCGGAGAAGGAACGGAACUUCCAGGCGGAGAGUUGGGAGACGCAGAAGAAUAUUACGAUGACGACGUGUAUGUUUUACGUGUUGUUUUGGGGGCUGAGUGUUGGUCUUACCCCGAAACCAUUUAACGUGUUUAUGUGGUGGACGUACGUCUUCUGGACUGGUGUCACGAUACUCCCACUCCCCGUUAUGGCAUGGUUCAACUGGCCUCAAUCACAUAAAGUUAUUUGGCAGUUCUGGGCGGUAGUUGGGACGUGGAGUUGGGCAUUGGCGAUGUUGAGCGACAUGUACCAUUGCGGCUUCUACACCGAUCACCGAAACUGCGGUCAACGCGAUUUCGCCGGUCUAUUCUUCUUCGCUUCCGCCGUCCCCACGUUGGCGAUUUGGUCCAUGAAGAUCUCCAGAUUACCGCAUAUUGUCGCUUGGACGACCUUUAUCGUCUUACUGGGCGUGUUCAUCGUGAGUGGCCGUUCGAGUUGGGCGAGACAUGUGGUGUUUUUGUUUACGUUCUUCGGGUUCUUGAUGUACAUCUCCUACGCCCGCGAGAAAAUGUCUCGACGAUCGUUCGUGUUGAAGGAAAGGCUGAAGGAACAGAUUGCGGCGACGAGGGAGGCGCAGGCAUGUGAGAGGCAGGAAGCGGAUUCGAAGAAGAGGUUCGUAUCGUAUAUCUUUCAUGAGGUACGGGUGCCGUUGAAUAUUGCUACGUUGGCGGUACAGACGCUCGAGGGUGAUGGGGUGUUGGAUCGGGAGAGGAUUGGGGAAGGAACGAAGGAGAUUGCGGAUGCGUUGAAGAGUAGUUUGGGGAUGAUGGCACAAGUUCUCAAUGACGUUCUUGAUUUCAACAGGAUGGAGGAGGGCAAGCUCUUACAAUCCACCAAACCAUUCUCGUUCCACUCCGUGAUUAGGACGAUUCUGGUGGGGAUUAGGGUCAGCGCGGCAGAUCGUCAAAUCACGUUAUUGUCGGAUUGUGAUCCGGCGAUUGAUGCGUUGGGGGUGGAGUUGAUGGGUGAUGAGAUGAGGUUACGACAAGUUAUCGGGAAUUUGGCGGGGAAUGCGGUCAAGUUCACGGGUGUCGGUGGUGAGGUCAAGAUCGUAACGCGGUUAUUGUACGCGGGACCAAUCGUGCCAGAGGAGGAGGAGGCUAUCGGCCCGAUGGAUGUGGAUGGUAAGAUCAAGGAGCUUGGCGAGAAGAUGGUGCCGGCGUUCGAGAGGUUUCAUAGUACCGAUUCCGCCACAGGUGACGAACCUCUCCGGAUUCAUAACCAUGCCAUCAUCCGUGUCGAGAUUGUUGAUUCAGGUGUGGGUAUCAAGAAGAGUGAUAUGAAGGAUAAUAGGUUGUUCUCGCCGUAUGUGCAGACGGAAGAAGGCCGAAGACAGGGAGGAAAGGGGACGGGACUGGGAUUGGCGCUCGUGAGGAAUAUUGUGGAGUUGAGUGGUGGAAGGUUGGGUGUGCGCAGUGUCCGUGGGAAGGGGAGUACUUUCUGGGUCGAGAUGGCGUAUGGGUUGCCGCCGGAUUGGGUACCUGCUCAACACCACGCUGGAAAUGGGGAUGGGCAUAAGCGGCCAAGUGCAGCGGCCGGUUGGGCUAGCGAGGCUACGAUGCAAAAUCUCGCCGCGACCCUCGAACGCAAGAGCUCUCCACGCGAUCGUGGCAACAGCAAUGGCACGGUCAAGAGCGACAUCAGCAUGGGUGACUUAUCCAACAAAGGUGCGACGGUCAUGCAUGUGGACGAAGUCGAGUUGACCCCGUGUGCGGACAGAGAAGUUGGUCCUGGUGUGAUCAAGUUGAACGUCGAGAUCAGCGAUGAGGAAGGGGAGUCGAGUGUUCGGGCUCUACGACCGGGGUUGAUGCCUAGACCGAGCGUACUGACACAGCAGAGUUCGAGUGCGGGACAAAGUGAUACGAGUCCGUUGUUAAAGAAGGAUGAAGGAGCUGCUUUGGCGCCGACUAUGCUUCUCGAGAGACCCACGCCGCCUCCGCCGAGGGCUUCGAGUCCAGCUAGGAAUCGUAGUCCGAGUCCGAGUCCGAAGAAGGAGAGUAGGGACGAGGCGCGACCGAUGACGGCUCCUGCACCAUUGAUGUCGAGCAAGAGUUAUGAUCCCGCGGCGCCGAAUACUCUGCAAGAACACCCGCAUCUUCACGAACGUUCCGAAUCUGAGCCGGCACUCACGACGCGGACGUUGCAGAUCCUGGUCGUUGACGAUGACAUGAUUACUCGCCGCCUCAUGACUCGUCUCAUCUGUCGUAUGGGCCAUACCGUUACUGCGGCGGAAGAUGGUUCCAUCGCGAUCAAGACGUUGCAGGAACGCUGUGAUACCGAAACGGCGAUCGACCUGGUUUUCCUGGAUAACCAGAUGCCGAUCUUGUCUGGUGUCGAAGCCGUGAGGCAGAUGAGGAGGUUGGGAUACGUGAUUCCAGUUUGUGGCGUCACAGGUAAUGCAUUGAAGGAGGACCAGGAAGAAUUUGUGGGGGCUGGUGCAGAUCGGGUGUUAACGAAGCCCGUGAUGGAAACGGACGUAAAGGACGUCAUCCGCUUCGCAAUGGAGAAGAAGCAGCGUUUACUGGAAGAAGCUACUGGCGCUGCGUAA